UCCACGUUGGAUCGCGCCAGAACGCGCUUUGAGAAAGAAAAUAUAAUUUUCAGUUUUUCAUAGAUUUCGUCGACAAAAGUAGUCAUAUAUUUAAAAUGUGGCAAAUCAAACGGUGAUACAGACGAUCAGAGAAUUUGACUAAGAUUGUAAGAUUUUCAAAGAAAGGAUUUAAUCUUUUUGAAAAGUAUUUAUCUUGAAUUAUGACGAUAAGGAUGACGACAACGACGACACCGAUGAAUCGAUUAUACGCUUUUCUUCUCCUCGCGAGUAUCUCUGUAUCGGAAAAGGUACGUUACGAUGGUUACAAACUCUACAAGGUCCAUGUUGACAAUCGUGAUAAUUUGAACGCCUUAACGAAUAUGCAAGAAGACGAGGAUUAUAAUUUUUGGGAUUUACCGAGGAUGAAUGAUUCCUCGUUAAUCGUUGUUGCUCCAAAAAGGAUCGAUGAGUUCGAAAAGAUCGUUAACAGUAACAGAAUGUCCGCCACGUUAAUGAUGGAUGAUCUUCAACGUUAUAUCGACGAAGAGAAUCCAAACGUCGAUGGGAGAGCCACUUUUGAUUGGACAGCUUAUCAUAGGCUCAACGUGAUAUAUCAAUGGAUGGAAAGUCUCGCUCAAGAACAUUCUAAAAUCGUUAAAAUUGUGAACGGUGGAGUCAGUACUCUUGGAACACCUAUAAAAGGUUUAAAACUUUGUUUUAAUCCUAAUCAAAAUACAUCGAUUUUCUUGGAAAGUGGUAUUCACGCGAGGGAAUGGAUAUCAGUAGCCACAACUACAUACGUGGCAAACGAAUUGCUAUUCAAUGAAGAUCCCGCUGUUAGGACUUUAGCGGAGUCUUAUAUCUGGUACAUAUUCCCUAUUUUCAAUCCAGAUGGCUACGAAUAUUCACAUACUAUGAAUCGAUUGUGGCGGAAGAAUUUGAAACGAUACACAACGAGAUGUAAAGGCGUUGAUCUCAAUCGAAAUUGGGAAUCUCAUUGGGCAGAAGUAGGAACAAGUUCUAAUCCCUGCGCCGAAACAUAUCCAGGACCCGAAGCAUUUUCCGAAAUCGAAUCGAAGUCGAUGUCAAGGUUUUUGAAAAGUAUACCGGAAAAAUUGACGGCUUAUCUAGCCUUCCAUAGUUACAGCCAAUUGUUGCUUAUACCUUUCGGUCAUAGCAACGAGAGAAUCGACAAUUACGACGAUCUUAUGGAAAUAGGAAAGUUCUCCGUCAAGGCUCUAUCCAAGAGAUACGGUACCGAUUACACCGUUGGAAAUAUAGUCGAUGUUAUUUAUGCAGCAGCUGGUGGUUCGAUGGAUUGGGUUCGUGCCGCGAUUGGUCCUCGUAUAACUUACACGUACGAGCUUCGUGAUAAAGGCCGAUACGGUUUUCUGUUACCAGCUAAUCAAAUCAUUCCUACGGGAGAGGAAACGAUGGAUUCCUUGAUCGGCAUGUUUCAAAAAGCAUUGGAUCUUGGAUAUGGAUCACAACCAUGAUUAAUUUAUUUUAACGCUUUUUUACAUAAUUGAAAUUAAAUUUUAUUUGUAAUUUCCUCUUUGCUGUUUUAUUUUCUUUCUUUCUUUCUUUCUUUCUUUAACGCAACAACUUACUUUUACAUUUACUAUUGCGUUUAUUAGAUCAAUUUUAUCUUUUAAUAUUAUCAAUGCUAUGUUAGAAGUAAUAAAAAAUUAUGUCAAUAUCAAUAAUAAUAUUAUAUGUAUAAAUAUAAAAUGUAAAUAAUGACCUUAUCGAUCAUCGACUGUUAAAAUAUUAAUCAAGUUGCUAAUCCGAAUCGAUUACAAAAUCGAGUAGUAAGAUAAAUGGCCUUAAUUAAGAAAUGGAUUUAAUUAACAAAC